UCCAGCUUCCUUAUUAAACCCAGACCCACCAUCAACACUCAUUGUAAAAGAUAUUCACUCACAAAAUACCAUUAUGACAAGAAGAAGAAGCAGCAGCAGCAACCGCCCGAAUGAAAACAAAACCAGUCGAUCUACCAUAAAAUCUCAUAUCCUCACAAAAAUUAUAAUAACAACCAAUAAAACACCAACAGAAAUACACAGAGCUUGACUAGAAAAUUUCAUCUCUUCUACUGCCACUCUAAUAUCAUUACCGUAGUAUUAAUCGAAUAAAUUCUUUUAAGAUUUAAAUUGAAUUUUUGGCAACUUUUCUAUCUACUCAAAAGAAGCUUUUCCAUAUAAAAUGCAAAAUAAAAAGAAAGAAAUCUAGAUCUUAAGUGAGAAAUACAAAGAAAGAAAAUGAACGAGAAAAAGACAAAAAAAGAAAUGUGAGUAAUUUCUACGGGUGAGUGGAUUCUAGAAGAUAAAAAAGUAUUCUUAAGAAAUGGGAUAAAAGAGAUAAAGUUAGGUUGAAAAACGUGUAUAAUAAAUAAUAAUAUUUUUAGGAGCAUGUGAUGUUGUAUGGAUAUGGAGAUAUGAGAGAUUUUAGUUCGGUAAUAAUUAUGCUGAUGACUAUGAUUUGAUAUUAAAUUUGUUCCACUGGACAUUUUGGGUAAAGUACAAAAUUUUAGGCUAUUAAAUUUUUUAGCGGUCGUGCAGUUUUAUUUUCUCUAAUUUAUCCAUUUUUGCAUCAUAUGUUUUCGACCCGCCCAUAUCCGCUCCGACCCACCCGUUUUGCCACCCAAGCCGUCUUUCUAAUUGUGCAUACUAUUAUAUUUAAGGGUCUUCGCCUGUGGAAGUGGCAAUAAGUAGAACUAUCAUGACAGAGGAGUUGCCACAGAGCUUGAAAGAAAAGAAAUGGCAGAUAAACUGGGAUGCUGUAUCCCAAGAACUGAAGAAGACGAGUCGCAUUAUGGCUCCAAUGGUAGCAGUUACAGUGCUUCAGUACCUCUUGCAAUUUGUAUCAGUUGUUAUGGUGGGACAUCUUGGACAGUUAGCGCUCUCUAGCGUUGCCAUUGCCACUUCUCUAACUAAUGUCACUGGUUUCAGCCUACUUUCAGGGCUGGUUGGUGGUUUGGAGACACUAUGUGGACAAGCAUACGGAGCUCAACAAUACCAUAAACUCAGCACAUAUACCUACACUGCUAUAAUUUCUCUGUUUCUUGUAUGCAUACCAAUAUGUGUAUUGUGGUUCUUCAUGGACAAAUUGCUUAUAUUGAUGGGACAAGAUCAUUCAAUCUCAGUGGAAGCGCAGAAGUAUUCAAUGUGGGUACUCCCUGCUUUAUUUGGUGGUGCAAUUUCUAAACCGCUAGUUAGAUACAUGCAGACACAGAGUUUGAUUCUUCCCAUGCUGUUAUCUUCCUUUGGUGUUCUAUGCUUCCACUUGCCCAUAAGCUGGGCUUUGAUAUUUAAGUUGGAGCGAGGAAACAUAGGAGCUGCUAUAGCCUUCAGCAUAUCCAGUUGGUUGUAUGUGCUAUUUCUUGCAUUUUAUGUCAAAUAUUCAAGCUCCUGUGAGAAGACUCGAGCGCCUUUCUCCAUGGAUGCAUUCCUUGGUAUCGGACAAUUCUUCCGUUUGGCUGUUCCUUCUGCUGUGAUGGUUUGCCUAAAAUGGUGGUCACUUGAGGUGCUUACUCUGCUAUCAGGCCUUUUACCAAAUCCAACACUUGAGACAUCAGUGAUGUCAAUAUGCUUAACAAUUUCCACAUUACACUUCACUAUACCAUAUGGCUUUGGAGCUGCUGCAAGUACUCGUAUUUCAAAUGAAUUGGGAGCUGGAAAUCCUCAAAAGGCUCGACUCGCAGUUCAGUUAGUAAUGUUUCUUGCAGUCAUAGAGACAGUAGUAUUAAGCACAAGUCUAUUCGGAAGCAGGCGUGUAUUAGGGAAAGCCUUCAGCAAUGACAAGCAAGUGGUGGAUUAUAUAGCUGAAAUGACUCCUUUUCUAUGUCUGUCCAUUAUCACAGAUAGCUUACAAGCAGUCAUCUCUGGUAUAGCAAGAGGAAGCGGGUGGCAGCAUAUUGGGGCAUAUAUAAAUCUAGGGGCAUUUUAUUUGGUAGCAAUCCCCUUAGCAGUGGUGUUGGGGUUCGUACUACAUUUGAAAGCAAAGGGUCUUUGGAUUGGAAUAGUGGUUGGUUCUACUGUACAAACAAUCAUUCUAUCUAUUGUUACAAGUUUCACAGAUUGGGAAAAGCAGGCAAAGAAGGCAAGAGAAAGGAUACACGAAGGAAGAUCUUAGAUUGUAGCGUAGCUGCAAAUCCCAUACUUUAUAUUAUCCAAAUUUUAGAAAGUAAUCAAUGUAUGAAAGUGCACUUGCAAAAGGAUAUGAUGAGAGCCUUUGGAUCUGUUUUCA